AGUGACGGUCGGCCCACUCCUUCUCCUCUUGAUUCGCAUCUCAAUCCAUCGUCCUACCGGUCGCCCGUCUAGGUCUUGUAGCCACCCCCCGCGCCGGCAGCCGACCUACACUGCUCGAGGUCGUCGUGACAAUCCGCACUAGCUACCGGAUUCCAGAGGAAAGAAAAGGGGGAGAAGAGAAGAAAGUUAGAAAAGCCACGCCCGACCACGACAGCAAGAACCAUCCUGAGAUAGAGCCGUAGCCCGCCAGACAAUUGCCAUCGAUCCGGUCGUUUCUAUCCGCGUUGCCAUCUGUCCAGACUCCUCUUCAAGAGGAGUCCCGCACUAGCAAAUCUGGCGUUCAGUCGCAACUCUCCGUCUUUCCUUCCCGGGGACUCUGCGGGCUUCCGCCAGAUACCAUCGAAUCAAUCGUUCAACCACUUUCCCGCGCAACCUGAGUACGCCGAGUCGCAGCCGCACCGAGACUCCAUCAUGCCUACGACCAAGUCGAGCCGGCCUCGCAGUCUGGCGAAGUCCACGGGCGAGAUAUUUUCCCGGAAAUGGCCCCGUCUGUUCUUCAUCGUCGCUGCGCUGCAGUCCAUCAUCUGCAUCGCCUUCGAAUCAUACACCUUCUCCCAAUUUCAGAAUGGGCUCAAGAAUAUGGAGGACGCGCAGUGGAGGGACAACAACGAUGUGCAGUCUCAACUCAAGACCAUCCCGACCUUCCUCGGCCUGCUGAUGCUCGGUUUCAUCUAUGACUUGGUCCUGGUUUGGGAUGCUCUCCGCCUCAAGAACACGAUUCAGAUCAUCGGUCUCUGCAUCGCCAACCUGGCUUUCCUCGUCUACAGCGCCCUCCAGAUCGACCAGAUCCGUGAGGCCAUCGCCAUUCUCAAGGGUUUCAACGCCUUCGAGGACCUCGAGGUGUGGGCCGAAGUCCAAGGCGUCCUCAUCGCGAUCCCUUGCAUCAUCGCGCUGGUGACCGUGGUUAUGAGCUUCAUAUCAUGGAAGCUCUAUCAGGAAUUUGCUUGGGAUAUCCUGAAGCACAUAGGAGCUGACUACAGGAUGAAGAAGCGGUUUCUGCACUACCAGGUCUACAUCGCCCUGCUCAAAUUCGACUUCUUUUUCUUCAUCGGCUUCACGAUCCAGUUUCUCGUCGUAGUCGGAGGCAAAACCAACGUCGAGUUCGGGCUGACCACCGCCGCCGUCCCCGUCACCAUUGCUAUCCUCCUCUGUGCUGCAUGGUUCACCCGGCGCGAGUGGAAAAUCGGCAUGAUCAUCAUCAUGGUUCUCUACCUCGGUGGUCUUACCUACUUCAUCUACAAGCUAGCUCGAAUCUACGAUCCCUACGAGCAGCAGUUCUACAUGCCCGUCCGCAAAUCUCUGACCGCGUUCGCCGUCCUCACUAUCAUCCUCAUCAUCCUCACCAUCAUCAAUGCUAUGGUCUGCCUCUUCAACUUCGACGCCGGCCUAAAGCAGCAUCUCAAUGCCCCCCGGCAAGAGAUCGAUAAGGAUCAGGCCAGCUACUCGAUGCACGACGUCAAGCAGCCUCAACUGCCGAGCAGGAUGACGAUCGAUUAGAAUCAUGGGAGGAUGGUUGGUAUAGACGUACAAACGAUAUGAUUCAACGACUUUCCUUUCAAAUCAUUCCUGCCAGAUAUCCAGCUGCCAAAGGCGCCUCUCGGAGUGGAGAGGUCGAGAUUUCCCUCCCCUAACAAUUAUAUCCCCCCCC